AUGACUACAAACUCAAGUAUGGAUUAUUUUUGUGGAUCUACAUUUUGGAAUAACAGUCUUUCGUGGAAUACAGAUCAUCCAGAUCUCACCCCCUGCUUCCAAAAGACUGUUCUUGUGUGGAUACCAUGUGGAUAUCUAUGUCUCGCAGCUGUGCUUGAAGUAUACCGGAUGAGUAUCAGUAAAGAGGCUGACAUACCCUGGAAUAAACUAAAUAUUAGUAAAAUGGUAUUUACAAUAAUGCUAAUACUGCUACAAAUAAUAGACAUUGGUCAAGUUAUUUCUGUAUCAUCCAGACACACAAAUAAGGUUUAUGCUGCAGAUUAUUAUGAUCCAGUUGUAAAAUUGUUCACAUUUAUAUUAUCAGCAACUCUGUUAUCCUACAAUAGAAAGUAUGGCAUACGGACUUCUCCAAUACUUUUUAUGUUCUGGUUACUUCUCAUAUUGGCUGGCUUACCUCAGUUGAGGACUGAGGUGAUGAGCCACAGUGCAGCGAGCGACGAGUAUGUCAGAUAUAAUUUAGCAAGUUAUAUCCUCUACUAUAUACUCGUUAUGAUUAUGUUUGUAUUGAACUGUUUUGCGGAUUUACCGCCUAGAGUCACACCCUACAAUUAUGAUGAGAAGCUAUCCCCGGAAACUUCAUCAGGCGUACCCAGCCGCCUCACAUUUAGCUGGUUCGAUCCAAUAGCUUUUACGGGAUACCGAAGAACCUUAACUGAGAAUGAUUUGUGGCCUUUGAAUCCUCAAUAUGUUUCCAAGGAGUGUGUUACGAAAUUUGAAAAACUGUGGUACCGAGCUUUGAUGAAGAGAGAAUCAAAAACAAAUGCAUCAAAAAAUGCCGGAAGUUCUGCAUUAGGAAACCUAAAUAAGAAGAAGACACCCGUCUCUAUAUUUCCAGUAGUCUGCAAAGCUUUUGGCGGACUGUUCUUAGUUAGUAUGGUAUUAAAGCUAUGCAACGAUUUACUGAUGUUUGCGUCACCACAGUUACUUAGAUUACUUAUAGGUUUCGUAGAGGGUAACGAGCCUGUAUGGAGAGGCUACCUCUACGCUGUGAGUAUGUUUCUAUGUUCUUUCGUACAGACUGUGAUCAUGGGACAAUAUUUCAUAAGCACAGCAAUUGUGGGCGUGAAAAUCAAUUCUGCAUUGAGUAGCAUGGUAUAUAAGAAAGCCCUAAACUUGUCCAACGAAGCUAAAAAGAGUUCUACAGCAGGGGAAAUUAUUAACCUAAUGUCCACAGACGUGACAAGGUUUAGCGAUUUAACAUUUGUAAAUUUGAUAUGGUCAGCACCAUUGCAAAUAUCAUUGGCAUUGUACUUCUUGUGGAAUCUGCUGGGGCCGUCAGUCUUGGCUGGUCUCGGUGUUAUAAUCGUACUUAUGCCACUAAAUGGAAUCUUUGCUGGCUUAGAAGAGAAAUUACAGACGAAACUGAUGAAUUACAAAGAUCAAAGAAUCAAACUAAUGAACGAAGUACUAAACGGCAUAAAAGUUCUUAAAAUAUAUGCCUGGGAACCAAGCUUUCAAGAGUACAUACUGGAAAUCAGAAAUAAGGAAAUGAAAAUAUUAAGAAAGAUGGCUUAUUUAAGCUCAAUGUCCGCAUUCGUAUGGUUUUGUACACCGUUUCUGGUAUCGCUGAUGUCCUUCACGUGUUUUGUGUUAGUAAAUGACACGGAAAUUCUAGAUUCGAAGAGAGCAUUUGUUGCGUUGUCUCUUUUCAACAUACUUCGUUUUCCUAUGUCAAUGUUGCCUCACGUCAUAUCCAAUGUUAUACAGACUUAUGUCAGCAUCAAGAGGUUGAAUAUUUUUUUGAAUUCUGAAGAGUUAGUCACAAGUAUGAUAGAACACAAUCAUAAAGAACCGUAUCAGAUCCUAAUAGAAGAUGGCACUUUUACUUGGGGCGGGGAAGACGCGGAGCCGGUGCUCAAAGACUUAAACGUGCGAAUCCCGCGCGGCGCGCUGGUGGCCGUGGUGGGCGCCGUCGGCUCCGGCAAGAGCUCGCUGCUCGCCGCGCUGCUCGGGGAGAUGGACAAACUCUCAGGACGGGUUAAUGUUAAGGGCGAUAUAUCAUACGUUACUCAGCAAGCGUGGAUACAAAACGCUACUGUUCAAAAUAAUAUAUUAUUUGGAAACCCAUUAGAUAAAACUAAGUAUAGCCAAAUUAUUGAAGCUUGUGCAUUAAAGACUGAUUUGGCUAUCCUUGCUGGUGGUGAUCAGACGGAAAUCGGUGAGAAAGGAAUAAAUCUGUCAGGCGGUCAAAAGCAUCGAAUAGCACUGGCUCGUGCGGUAUAUUGUGACGCUGACAACUACUUCCUGGACGAUCCUCUGAGCGCGGUCGAUUCCCACGUUGGGAAACAAAUUUUUGAUGACGUUAUAGGACCAAAAGGGCUUUUAAAGAACAAAACGCGUGUAUGGGUGACUCAUAACAUCUCUUACUUGGCACAAACCGAUCUGGUGCUGGUACUGAACGACGGAGAAGUUUCUGAAUCUGGCACCUACCAACAGCUUCUGGACAAGAAAGGUUCCUUUGCUGAUUUCUUACUGCACCAUUUGAGUGCCGCUGAAGGAUCGUCCUCUGCUGAAGGUUUGGAAGACAUCAAACUUGAACUUGAAAGUAGACUUGGCUCAGAAUUCAAGAGUAAAUUGCAGUGGGCCCGCUCUUUGUCUUCUGGUGGACGUUCUCAAACAUCUGAAUCAACUGGCGCAGGUGAUCAUCAAGUGAUCGAAGAGAAAUCAGGCAAAGAAACCGAAAAAGAGGUUGAUAAAGACUUUGAUCCACUUAUUGAGGAGGAGAUAGCCCAGACAGGAAGAGUGAAAUGGGCGGUUUACCAACAUUAUUUAUCCAGUGUUGGCUUGUAUGCGUCGGUGGGAACUGUUAUUAUAUAUAUAUUGUUAAAUUCCCUACAAAUUGGUGCCAACUUUUGGCUCGUCCUUUGGUCAAAUGACGAUAAUAUGCUUGUAAACGGCACAGUAAACACUCAAUUACGAGACUUGUACCUAGGAGUAUACGGAGGCUUUGGACUAGCGCAAGCGAUAAUGUCAUUAUUUUCGGAUUUACUACCAUACUUGGCUUGCUGGAGAGCAGCAAAAAUUUUACAUGAAACAUUAUUGAAUAAUAUACUAAGAGCGCCGCUACAAUUCUUUGAAGUGACCCCUGUUGGCAGAGUUCUCUCAAGGUUUUCAAAAGAUGUGGAUUCUGUAGAUAAUGCCCUUGCUUGGCAAUUUUCUAACUCGCUCAACUGUGUAUUUGAGGUAAUAGGAACUAUAUUCGUAAUAAGUUAUUCAACACCGAUGUUCAUGAUUGUGAUAAUUCCCAUUGGUCUACUUUACUACGGUAUCCAACGGUUCUACAUUCCUACGUCACGACAGCUUAUGAGGAUUGAGUCUAUAGCACGCUCGCCAAUUUAUUCACAUUUAAACGAAAGUAUUUUGGGUGCAAGCGUUAUUCGUGCUUUUGGUGUUAAAAAUAGGUUUAUCAAAGAAUCUCAGAAGAGGAUUGAUUAUUACCUAUCGUUUUCGUACCUGAGUUCCAUUGCAGAUAGAUGGCUUGGGAUCCGACUAGAGAUAGUCGGCAGUCUUAUUAUUUUCUUUGCUGCAUUAUUUGCAGUACUCGGCCGAGAAAGUAUUAGUGCAGGACUCGCAGGACUUUCUAUUAGCUACACGUUAGAGAUCACCCAAACUUUAAGUUGGUUAGUUCAAAUGAUAUCAUCACUUGAAACAGAUAUUGUAGCUGUGGAACGCAUGAAGGAGUACGCUGAAACGGAGCAAGAAGCUGAAUGGGUGCAACCCACUGGCCCUCGGCCGUCGUGGCCAGAGACUGGAACAGUACAGUUUCAGGGGUUAACCAUGGCGUAUCGCAGUGGAAUCGAGCCCGCUUUGCGUGACGUCACAUGCACGGUGGCGCCGGGAGACAAACUCGGUAUCGUCGGGCGCACCGGCGCGGGCAAAUCCACUCUUACCCUUGGACUGUUCAGGAUCGUCGAGCCGGCGGGAGGCCGCAUCCUAAUCGAUGGUCUUGACAUUAGCACGAUAGGCCUUCACCAACUGCGGUCGCGUAUCACCAUCAUCCCGCAGGAUCCAGUGCUCUUCUCAGGUUCAUUGCGAAUGAACCUGGAUCCAUUCCAAAAACACUCUGAUGACGACCUAUGGCGCGCGCUUGAGCACGCCCAUCUGAAACCGUUUGUGCUUGGUUUGCAGUCAGGUUUGCUUCACGAAGUGACUGAAGGCGGUGAGAACUUGUCAGUGGGACAACGGCAACUCGUGUGCUUGGCGCGGGCGCUGCUGCGCAAGACGCCACUGCUCGUGCUGGACGAGGCCACUGCCGCCAUCGACCUGAAGACCGACGAGCUCAUUCAGAAAACCAUACGCUCCGAGUUCGCAUCGUGCACUGUGCUCACCAUCGCUCAUAGACUAAACACCAUCAUGGACUCCACUAAGGUCAUGGUGCUAGAUAAGGGUCAACUCAUUGAGUUUGCAUCCCCUGAACAGCUGCUACAGGAUAAAAAUUCGAUGUUUUAUAGUUUAGCCAAAGAUGCUGGUCUUGUAAACUAA